AUGGCGGCGCCGUCAGGCGGAGGCGACCCGGGUGAGUUUGGUGUACCCGAUCAGCUGUACGAGCCGAGCCGAGACAGACCCGGCACUCGGAAUCCGGAAGGGCCGUGUUUUAGAGCCAGGAGGGGGAGCGGGUACUGCGCGUUUGAGCCCCGAGCCCGGGGGCGUGUGUGCUGGCUGUGUCUGCGCCCAGAGGGGCAUGAAGGGAUCAGGUCCUACUUCGGCACCCCCACCUGGCAGACGGUGGGCGUGUUCCUGGCCGGGGUGCUCACCACCGUCCUGGUCAUACUCGGCCGGCAGGAGCCCCGCCCCCCUCUGUCCGCCCAGCGGCCCCCUCUGUCCGCCCAGCGGCCCCCUCUGUCCGCCCAGCGGCCCCCUCUGUCCGCCCAGCGGCCCCCCCACCAGGCCACCAGCCUUCCAGCCUUUUCUUACUGUUGGUAUGGGGGGGCGGGGGGUGGGUUCGGCUCUCCGGACGCCCGCGCGUCUCGAGACCCCGCUGCGCCCCGAUUCGUGGAGAGCAGCGCGAGUGACCGCGCGCCCGUCUCCCCCCUCCAGAUCUACAUCGUCUACAACAAGAGGACGGGGAAGCCGCGAGGCUACGCCUUCAUCGAGUACGAGCACGAGAGGGACAUGCACUCGGCCUACAAGCACGCGGACGGGAAGAAGAUCGACGGCCGGCGUGUGCUGGUGGACGUGGAGAGAGGCCGCACGGUGAAAGGGUGGCGCCCCCGCAGGCUAGGAGGGGGUCUGGGCGGCACGAGGCGAGGGGGAGCGGACGUCAACAUCAAGCACUCCGGGAGAGACGACACCUCCCGAUACGACGAGCGGUCAGUUCAGUGCGUGCUUGCCGGGGGUCCGCCGGGGGGUCUGCGACCGGGGCCGGGGAAGGGGGGGUGUGUGUGUGUGCGUGAUUUGUUCUGUUUUGUUAAGGUGGUUCGGUGAUGUCUGCUACCUCUUUCCUCUCCUUGAACCACUAUUGCUCCCCGCGGUCUUCUUCCAUCUUUCUCCCAGUUCUGCCUGCCUACAUCGUCUUUCUCUCCUGUCCCCUCAGAUCUUUCGCUCUUGCCUCCCUUCCCCC